ACAUCAUUGUCAAACCAUCUUCAAGAUCAUCUGUCAAGUGAGUACAUUUCUAUUGAGUCAAAGUUGUUCAAAACUGUAUCCCCUAUUGCUUCCACCAUUCACGUAUCUUUCUUCCAAGUAAAGAGUCAAUUGACCACUCAUUUCAUCCAUUUUCAUAUGUAUUACCUCAUGCAGGACUGCAGCCAUAACAAGCGAUUUUAUCAAUUGCACAAGACCUGUAAAGGUAAUCUAACCAACAUCAUGUCAAACCCUCCAACUGUCACACAGAUUGACUCGCAGGUCGAGCAGCAUGGCUUGAAGAAGAUUGCCAGCGGCAAGGUUCGCGAGAUCUACGAGGUUGAUGCUAAGACACUGCUCUUUGUCGCCACAGACCGCAUCUCGGCCUACGAUGUCAUCAUGAAGAACGGAGUCCCUCAAAAGGGUGCCCUCCUUACUCUCAUGACUGCUCACUGGUUCAACCUGUUCAAGGAGAAGAUUCCUGACCUCAAGACUCACCUUCUCAGUGCUUCAGUGCCAGAGUCAGUGGCUUCAUCUCUUCCUGCAGAGGUUAGUGACCAGCUUCGUCUGCGUACUAUGCAUGUUCGUCGCUUGAAGGUUCUGCCUUUGGAGAGCAUUGUCCGUGGUUACAUUACUGGAUCUGCAUGGUCAGAGUACAAGAAGACUAGCACUGUUCACGGUAUCGCCAUGCCCAAGGGUCUGCAAGAAAGCCAGAAGCUCGAGAAGCCUCUCUGGACCCCCAGCACCAAGGCAGAAGUCGGUGACAAGGACGAAAACAUCAGCCCUGAAGAAGCCACCAAGAUUGUCGGCGAGAAGUACGCAAAGAAGAUUGAGGAGCUGAGUUUGAAGGUCUACCAAAUCGCUAGAGACUAUGCUGCCGAGCGUGGUAUUAUCAUUGCCGACACAAAGUUCGAGUUCGGUCUUGAUGUCGACACUGACGAAGUUAUCCUUGUGGAUGAGGUUCUUACCCCAGACAGCUCGCGCUUCUGGCCUGCAGACAAGUACGAGCUUGGCAAGUCGCAAGACAGCUUCGACAAGCAAUACCUGCGUGACUGGCUUACCAAGGAGGGUCUCAAGGGCAAGGAUGGUGUCGAGAUGACCGAUGCAGUGGUCAAGGAGACGGCCAAGAAGUACCGUGAGGCUUUCGAGAUGUUGACUGGCCAAAAGUGGGAUGAGGUCGUCAAGAACGGUGCCUAGUUAGGUGCUCAGAGUGGUUCUCGCAUGAACAUAUUCACUGCUUGUUAAAAAGAUCAACGAGACAUGACAUUUUCUCUGCACAUUGAAACAGUUUCUGAAGAUACGAAGAAUGAACAUGGUGUAGCGUAGAAUGGGGAGUGGUAUUCGUAAAAGAGCCCUCAAUUCGACAUGGCUCGAGGCAGGUACUUUUCUCUUUGGUAUAAUAAAGCCUCUCAUGCAGUCAGAUCACGACCAUUUUGUAUGCCAUUUUGCUCCUGCCGGGAUGAUUGUAUGGAAGUGUUCAGAAGACUCGAUGCCAUUUUUU